CAACCAAGGCCCAGCCACGGCGUGCCGCAAGCGAGGUUGGUGCAGAUCCAGAGUCCCAAGACAGCCUUGAGUAUUUUGUUCGCGGUUUCACAGCCACGGCAUGAGCUGUCAGCGGACAACCUAAUCCAGGAGACUGAUGGGUUCAGUCCAAGCGUUUGCAGGCAAGACUCGCUCACGCAGUCGUGCUCCAUUCGGAUCGCCGCCCGGCGGCGUUUUUCAUCCACAUCGAAGAUCGGGGGGCUUGCUUCUGCAGCUGCUGAGCCGCCGACCCUGCGUAGCGAUCUCGGCCUCAAGCGCCAGAGGAGCCACUUGUGAGCCAGGCCUGCCGUCGCCUGCGGCAGGGGCGGCAUGGCUCGGCGCCGCCGCUGCCGCGCGGCUGCCCGGGCCGUGCUCGCGCUGCUUGCCCUCGUGGCGAUGCCGCGGCCGGCCGCCUUCCUGCCGGCCGCGUCGCGGCUGGGCGCCACGGCCGCGGGCAGCGUCGCGGCGCUCGAGCGGGCAGCUGGCGCGGAGGUGUCGCGGAGAUUGGCGGCGUGGCUGCCGGCACAGCUCUGCCUGCUGCGCAGCGCGGCCGGCGCGUCGGCGGCGGUGGCGCCCGCGCCCGGGGCCGUCGCGGUGCUGGGCGCCUCUGGCAAGACGGGCAGGCUGUGCGUCGAGGCGCUGCGUGCCGAGGGGUCGCCAGCGCUGGCGCUCGGCAGGGCGGAGCUGGACGUGGUGGAGGCGUCUGUGGAGCAGGUCGCAGAAGCGGUUCGAGGCUGUCAAGCGGUCAUAUUCGCCUGCAGUGCCUCAGCCAAAGGUGGCAACGCCGCGCAGGUGGACGAGCAGGCCGCCGUGAAAGCUGCGCAGGCAUGCAAGUUGGCUGGUGUGCCAACGUACGUGCUGAUCUCUUCGGGCGGUGUGUCACGACCUGGUUCGCUCGGGUAUCUGGCUACCAACUGGAUGCCAGGACCAACGUGGGGCAUUAUGGACGCGAAGGCCAGGGGCGAGGAGGGCGUCAAGGCCGCUAUGCGCGGCAGCGGCACUAGGUAUGUGGUCCUCAGACCUGGCGGGCUCGAGGACACGAAGUACUUGGGGCCUGCCGAGAUGGAGCUGAACCAGGGCGACGCUGUUGGUGGCCUGGUCUCCAGAGCCGACGUCGCGGCCUGUGCAGUAGCCGCGGCCAAAUCGCAAGAUGCAGCAGACACAACGUUCGAGCUCUACGCACACUCGGCUUUCUCGCAGGGCCCAGGCUCUACCGACGGCUUCGGUGGCGCCACAGGCAAGACUGGCUACGAGCGCCGGGGAGAGAGCUGGCCAGAGCUCUUCCGUGGGCUCCGCAAGGAAAUCUCCAAGAUUUGACAGAUCUCGGGGUCGACCACACCGCUGGCAAUCGAAAAACCAAUGCGAUCUGCGAUCUUUUUUCGGCCAGAUUGCGAAGCUCUCCAGGGGGACAAGCUGGAGUUAUUCGCAAACGAAAGACUUGCAAGCAUAGGCCACCCAUCUAGAUUAUGGGUUAUCCGACCGAGCAUGGAGGCUUAGAGAAAGCCAGCGCGAGCUGUUUUCGGUCAGAUUGCCAAACUAUCCAGGGUGACAAGCGGAGUCAUUCGCAAAUGAAAGACUUGCAAGCCCAGGCCACCCAUCUAGAUUAUGGGUUAUCCGAUCGAGCAUGGAGGCUUGGUCAAGGUGGGCCGGCUCAUGCGGUCUUGCGUUGUGAAUCGGUCGUUGACAGAGUAUGUGGUGGCGUUUAACCAUCUUCCCGUCAGCGCAUGACAUUCCCACAGUAGACACUUGUCCCAGUCAGCCUACCACAGCCAUUCAUGGUGGGAGGGUGCGGAACUCUCGGGACAUCGUUAGGCCAGCGCUGA